AUGACGUGUCCAUUCGCAAAGUUCGCCACGAUCCUUGCGCUCCCCGCAUCGGCCAAACACGCCUCUUCCUACCACUCUCUGCCCCCGCACUCUUCCCCCUCUUCGCUCUCGGACGCCCUGCGCAUCGGCACCUCAUCCGCGCAUCGUGCAGUAGAAAAGUCGCGCGGGGUCUCACUGCUCCUCUCGUCGCUCUCCUCCUCGCCUUCGACUUCAGAGCUGACGUUCGACCGAGUGGACUAUGUGAGGUUCAACAUCAUGCUUCUGUGCGUCUACGCUGCGAUGGAGGCGGGUCUGGUGCGCGGUCGGGGGAGUGAGGGACUGCGCGGGCUGUGGGGGGAUGAAGGGUUGAUCGAGGAGUUGGUGCGGACCCGGGCGUUGUUGGAUGAUGUUCGGGCGCACCUUGAUACGGUGGAGGCACACAUGGGGGCAAGUCUCGCCGAUCUCGCCGACCAAGCGCGCGAUUCACACUCGCUGUCCGCGUCCGCGGCGGUGAAGGAGGACAUUGAAGACCCAAGCGCGAGAACAGAGCUGCUCGCCCUCUCCCAGGCAGCUCUCCCGGACGCCAUCCGCCCCACCGCAUCAACUACGCAAAAGGUGACAGAGGACCACAUCGCACUCCUCACCCCAGCCCAGGUGCACUCCACCCUCGCCUACGUUCGUGUCCUCCUCAACGCCCACCCCACGCUGCUGGUCGCCCAUGCCUACACGCGCUAUCUCGGCGAUUUGAGUGGUGGCCAGCACAUCGUGCGCAAAGUCAGCAAGCGCUUCCCCACCACCACACCUAACGACGGGUUCGCGUUCUACCACUUUGCCGGAACCGAUCUCAAAGCAAGGUUCAGGGUGGCCAUGGAACAAGCCGUGCCGGAGGGCGAAAAGAGUCAGCAGGUGGUACAGGAGCUGGUGAGAGAGGCGAAUACGGCGUUCGACCUCAACACGGGCUUGUUCGAAAGUCUGUUGCCUGCCGAACUGCGGAUGGUUGCCGAAGAGGAGGUGACGGAGAAGGUCAGCGUGGUGACGGCCAAACGGUGGAAGGGCGAGCGGGUGGUGCGCGGGCUGGUGGUGGUAGGCUCUGCAGCCGUCAUGGCGCAUACUCUGCUCAGGGUGGGCGCUGCGUACGUCGCUGCCAACAGCGCUACGGUAGCAGCAUAA